AUGUCUACUCCAGCUAAAAGAAGACUCAUGCGAGAUUUUAAACGCAUGCAGCAGGAUCCACCCAGUGGCGUCUCAGCAUCACCAUUACCCGACAACGUCAUGAAAUGGAAUGCAGUAAUAAUAGGACCCUCAGAAACACCAUUCGAAGAUGGAACCUUCCGACUCAUUUUACAAUUUGAUGAACAAUACCCCAACAAACCACCAGUUGUCAAAUUCAUACUGGAAAUGUUUCACCCCAAUGUUUAUGCUUCUGGUGAAUUGUGUUUGGAUAUAUUACAAAAUCGAUGGUCGCCCACUUAUGAUGUUAGUAGCAUUUUGACUAGUAUACAGAGUUUACUCAAUGAUCCAAAUAUCUCAUCUCCGGCGAAUGUGGAGGCGGCAAAUUUGUAUAAGGAUCAUAGAAGUCAGUAUGUAAAGAGGGUGAAAGAGACGGUGGAAAAGUCAUGGAAUGAUGAGAGUAGUGAUGAAGAAGAAGAAGAAGAAGAAGAUGAUGAUGAUGAUGAGGAUGAAGAAUAG